UCCGUGCGAGCUGACGGAGACCCUGGCGCUGCUGCGAGGCGCCAAGGGCGGCAAGGUCUCGCCGCCCUUGCGGGGCGUGCACGCGGUGCUCUCGGAGCAGGCGGGCCCUGCGCACAGCCCGCGGCCGUCGCCCGGCCCGGGCCGCGGCGCGGCGGCCGCGUGGGUGCACGCCGGCGGGGCCGCCUGGCGGCCGAGGUCGUUCGGCAGCCCCCACGCGGCCCUGCACAGCAUGCUCCAGGAGCGCAGCUGGCGGCGCGCUCCAGGCGCUGCGCGAGCGCCCCGGUGCCCGGUGACGACAGCCCCGAGCCGUCCGAGGACGACGAGCGGCCCGCGGGCGCUGCGCCCUCGGCGAGCUCCGCCUCGCCCUCGCCGGCGGCGGCGGGGCCCCCCGCGGCGGCCAGAGG